ACACUGGCACAUUGAGAUAUAAAGCCGGGGAGUGGGGCAGUACCCGGCGCUGCUGGCACACAUCGGCUGCACAGGUGAGAGCUGUUACUACUGCAGGGGAAAGAGAACAUCGUUCACUGGCUGCUACGUCCCAGUAAUGCACCUUACUGUCUGUUAGCUGCUAAUGGUACUCUGUGUGUCAUGGACAGAAAAUAGAGCGACUGGUGCAGGCAGUUUAUGUGCACAGUGGUUUGAACUGCCCUUCGGAUUCACAGUGCAAUUAGCAGAACUAAAAUAUGGUGUGUGGAUGAAGAGCCUUAUUUCAGUGUAUCUGCUACAGUAAAUUGUCAGCUGCUUCUUUCUCGGAGACUGUACUGAAGGUCUCACAAGUUUACACAAUGGAUUGUUAUUCAAGUGCAAAUAAAGACACUCAGUCAGAGUUGGCUGAAAGAGUAGCAGCCAUUGAAGUGGACGAAGAGGCACAUAAUCAAGAUACAGUAUUUUCUGAUGAUGGUGAUAGUAUGAGAAAUAAUCGCAUGAGCACUGAAUCUAGUGAGGAUGUGUUUCUUUCUUCACAAGAUCAAAGGGACUUAAACAUUUUUCAGAGAGGCUCCUCUCGGCCUACUCUGACAAAUCGAAAGUUCUCUCUUCAGGAAAGACCUUCAGUUGGCUGCCUUCCAUCUCACAGCCAAGCUUAUGGCCCAUAUGCAACAGGUCCCGCAUCCCACAUAUCUCCACGCAUUGUUCGAAGGCCAACCAUAGAAUCCAACCGUGUCUCCAUCUCUGACAAUGAUGAUUGUGUGCAGCUGAACCAAUAUAAACUUCAGAGUGAAAUUGGCAAGGGCUCAUAUGGUGUUGUAAAGCUGGCUUAUAAUCAAAGUGACGACAAAUAUUAUGCUAUGAAGGUGCUUUCAAAAAAGAGAUUACUGAAGCAAUAUGGCUUUCCACGUCGGCCACCCCCUAGAGGAUCAAAAACAGCCUCUGGAGAACAAGCCAAACCAAUGGCUCCAUUAGACAGAGUUUAUCAGGAGAUAGCCAUUUUGAAAAAACUAGAUCAUGUUAAUAUUGUUAGACUGAUUGAGGUGCUGGAUGACCCAGCAGAAGACAAUCUCUAUAUGGUGUUUGACCUUUUGCGUAAAGGGCCUGUUAUGGAGGUACCAAGUGAUCAGUAUUUUACAGAAGAACAAGCUCGGAUUUACUUCAGAGACAUUGUCCUUGGUAUUGAAUAUUUACAUUACCAAAAGAUCAUCCACCGAGACAUCAAACCAUCUAAUUUACUUUUGGGAGAUGAUGGGCACAUAAAAAUUGCUGACUUUGGCGUUAGUAACCAGUUUGAAGGUAACGACGCUCUUCUGUCAAGCACUGCCGGAACGCCUGCUUUCAUGGCACCUGAGACUCUUACAGAUUCGGGCCAAGGAUUUAGUGGAAAGGCACUUGAUGUUUGGGCCAUGGGAGUUACACUAUACUGUUUUGUAUUUGGAAGGUGCCCUUUCAUCGAUGACUAUAUAUUGGUUCUUCAUAAUAUAAUAAAAUACAAACCAGUGGAGUUUCCUGAAGAACCAGUCAUAAGUGAUGAGCUUAAAGACUUGAUUGUAAAAAUGUUGGAAAAAAAGCCAGAAGCUAGAAUAUCUGUUCCAGAAAUAAAAGUUCACCCUUGGGUAACAAAGAAUGGAGAGGAUCUUUUACCACUUGAAGAAGAGCACUGCACUAUUGUAGAAGUAACAGAAGAGGAAGUGAAAAAUUCCGUCAAACUCAUCCCAAGUUUGACAACAGUGAUUCUAGUGAAAGCAAUGUUAAGAAAAAGGUCAUUUGGAAAUCCAUUUGAAUUUGCACGAAGGGAAGAACGUUCCAUGUCCGCUCCAGGGAAUCUGUUAAUGUGCCAGUUAAAAUCAUCUGUAAAAUUGCAUCCAUAUUUAAGAAAACAAGCCAGCGGGGAAGGUUUAAAGGAUUCUGAGCUCCCCGACGUAGAGGAAGACGAUGGAACGUCAUGAGUACUUGCAUGUCCUGAUUCACCUGCUGCUACAGCCCUCACAUUAACAUGUUGCACAGACUUUUACGCACAUGACCAUUUUGUACCAAAGCUUCUGGUCUGUAAAAGCAACCCCUAACCAUUCUUUUCAAGGUCUUUGUAAAUGUUUUACUAUUGUCAGAAGAAUGCUGUUGCCGAAUAGCAGCUGUCUACGUUAACUGUGCUAAUCAUGUCUGUCUGCAUGUAUAUAAAUAUGUGUUUGUACACAGCAAAACCAAUCAUGUGCCUCAUCUCCAUCUGUGCUUCUGCGUUUUGCAGUCAGUGUAGCUUGAGGAUUGCUUGACCAAUGAAUGUUUUUUAUUUAUAAAGGACAAACCAAAAGGCUUCUUUAGGGAUUUUUUUAAUAGAAGCUGUGUAUACAGCAUAUUAUAGUAUCUGAGAACUUGCUGUUGUACAGGUUUUCUUUGUUUGUUUGUUUUUGACAUACUCUGUAAAGACUCCUUAUGGGGGCAUAAAUAAUGUUUAUUCUUUAAACCAUGCUUGCUGCUGAGAUCAAUUAUUUUAAUGUGUCUAGUUAAUUUCUGUAUAAUUGCACAACACCUGCCUACGAGCAGGAGAACUGACCUAUGGCUGAGAUCUUGGCCACUAGACUUAUUGUAUAGAAAUGUUUACAUUUGCUUAAUGAAGGGCUAUUCUCCUGUGCACACACUUGCACAUCCCAACUAUUACUCCCUCACAAAUAUUAAACCAGAUUUGCAAAGCAUUUCUUUUCCAUUAGCUUAGAUUAGAUUUAUUCCUUCAGAUGUGGGAUGGAAUUAUAGGCACAUCCAAUGAGUAUAUCUGAUGGAUUAGUGCAGUUUAGUGAAUAUGGGUUUGAAUAUAUUAUUGUUUAAUUCAUUCAUUUUAUUUCAUGAAUAUAAUGAUUUUUUUCUCCACUUUUAAAUCUAAUGCAAUGAUGUUGAGCAUUAUCGCAGAUCUGUCACUUUUUUCAUUCCAAUUAAAAAAAAAACAUUUUUAAAAAGCCA